AUGGAAAAUGCUUUCAUAGAAAUUCAAGUUCCCGGACAGAAGUUCGUUAAGGGAGUUCCAUUUCCUGCGGUGGUUUCUCCUUCUGCAAGUGCGGUUCCUCUCACGGACUCCGUCAAAACCAACGAACCCUUCCUCCAAUCACUGCUCCUGCGAUCGGGUGCUGUCCUUUUCCGAGACUUCUCCCUCUCCACCGCUUCCCAUUUCAACGACGUCGUCGAAGCGUUUGGCUACGACGAACUUCCCUACGUCGGCGGCGCAGCUCCCCGCACCAACGUCGUCGGUCGCGUCUUCACCGCCAAUGAGUCCCCACCUGAUCAGAAGAUCCCUUUCCACCACGAAAUGGCUCAAGUUCCUGAAUUUCCUUCGAAAUUGUUUUUCUUCUGCGAAGUGGAGCCUGGGAGUGGGGGCGAAACCCCCAUUGUUCUUAGCCAUGUCGUGUAUGAAAGGAUGAAGGACAAGUACCCUGAGUUCGUGGAGAGACUGGAGAAGCAUGGUUUGUUGUACACUAGGGUUUUAGGAGAAGACGAUAACCCUUCUUCCCCAAUUGGCCGAGGCUGGAAAUCAACCUUCUUAACCACCGACAAAACCAUCGCUCAACAAAGGGCUGCUAAACUGGGUAUGAAGUUGGAAUGGUUGGAGGAUGGAGUGAAGACGGUUAUGGGUCCAAUUCCGGGUGUAAAAUAUGAUGAGAGGAGACAACGGAAGAUAUGGUUUAACAGCAUGGUGGCUGCUUACACAGGGUGGAAAGAUGAACGGAAUGAUCCUGUUAAAGCUGUUACCUUUGGGGAUGGUGAACCAUUACCUCCUGACACUGUUUAUGAUUGUCUACAGAUACUGGAGGAGGAAUCUGUGGCCAUUCCUUGGCAAAAAGGGGAUAUUCUCUUGAUUGAUAAUUGGGCUGUCCUUCAUUCCAGAAGAUCUUUCGAUCCACCACGCAGGGUUCUAGCUUCCCUUGUCAAGUAA